ACCUGCAGCGAAACAUUCUAUCGCUCUGGUUCUCGCCCCUUGGAGAGACCUCGCCCCCCCUCACCCCACCCCCAUUGCCCACUUUCCUGGAUGUGCUGGCCCCUCCGACCCCUCUAAAAUGUCCAAUAACCUACGGAGGGUCUUCCUGAAACCCGCAGAGGAAAAGUCAGGCAACGCCUCGAAGUGUGUUUCAGGCUGCAUGUACCAAGUAGUUCAGACGAUUGGCUCGGAUGGAAAAAAUCUUCUGCAAUUACUUCCAAUUCCUAAUUCUUCUGGAAAUCUUAUACCGCUAGUUCAAUCUUCAGUCAUGUCUGAUGCUUUGAAAGGGAAUACAGGAAGCCCAGUUCAAGUUACUUUUCAGACUCAGAUUUCCAGCUCUUCCACAAGUGCAUCAGUUCAAUUGCCCAUUUUUCAGCCAGCCAGUUCUUCAAACUAUUUUCUUACAAGAACAGUAGAUACAGCAGAAAAAGUUAGAGUUACUUCUGUGGGAACUGAAAAUUUUACCUCAUCAGUUUCUAAAGUUCAGAGUCAUGGUGUGAAAAUUGAUGGACUCACCAUGCAAACAUUUGCUGUUUCUCCCUCCUCAACACAAAACGAUUCACCUUAUAUUUUAGUAAAUACUCAGAGUCUUCCAAUGACUGUGAAGUCUCCAGUUUUGCCUUCUGGGCAUCAUUUACAGAUUCCAGCCCAUGCUGAAGUGAAAUCUGUACCAGCGUCUUCAUUGCCUCCUUCAGUUCAGCAAAAGAUACUUGCAACUGCAACCACAAGUACCUCAGGAACAGUUGAGGCCUCCCAAAUACCAACCGUUAUUUACGUAUCUCCUGUAAACACAGUGAAAAAUGUAGUUACCAAGAACUUUCAAAACAUUUAUCCAAAACCUGUUACAGAAAUAGCAAAGCCAGUGAUACUAAAUACCACACAAAUGCCAGUGAAUGUUGCUAAAGAGACACAAUUAAAAGGUGGUCAGCAUUCUCAAGCUGCUCCUGUGAAAUGGAUUUUUCAAGAAAAUCUACAGCCUUGCAGUCCAUCUCUUGUUCCUGUUAAGUCUUCAAAUAAUGUGGCUUCCAAGAUUUUAAAAACUUUUGUAGAUAGGAAAAGUUUGGGAGAUAAUACUAUAAAUAUGCCAGCAUUGAGCACUGUCAGUCCUAGUGGGACACAGUCCAAAAGUAUGCCUAUUAAAGAUAAUGCUUUGGUUAUGUUUAAUGGGAAAGUCUAUCUAUUGGCUAAAAAGGGGACAGAUGUUUUGCCAUCACAAAUUGACCAACAGAAUUCUGUUUCUCCUGAUAUUCCACCAAGAAAAGAUACAUCACAGAUAGUGAGUUCAAGCCCAGUCACAGAAAUAUCCAGAGAGGUUGUAAAUAUUGUUUUGGCUAAAAGUAAAUCUUACCAGAUGGAAACAAAAUCAUUUUCAAAUACUCAGCCUGCUUCCAUGAUCAAUCUAAGGGCAGAGAAGAAUAAAAAAGUGGAGAAACCAUCUCUUUCUACCCCAAACCCACAUAAUAUGAAUCAACCCAUUAACUACUUAAAACAGAGUAAGAUUUUAUUCACAAAGCCAGACUUUCCAGAUGGAUUUAGUACAGUACAGAAUGCCCCCAGAAAAGGAAAUAUCAUCCAGAGCAUAGAGAAAAUAAGUUCCUCUGUUGAUGCAACAACUAUCACUUCACAACAGUGUGUUUUCAGAGACCAAGAACCAAAGAUCCAGAAUGAGAUGGCAUCAACAUUAGAAAAAGUUCCUCAAGAGAGGAAUGACAAGAACCAUUCCCAAGGAGGAAGCAAUAAGGUAUCACAUCUGAAGAAUGAUGCUGAAUUUAAAAAGAUAUUUGGUCUCACUAAAGAUUUGAGAGUGUGCCUUACUCGGAUUCCUGAUCACUUGGGCUCUGGAGAAGGUUUUGAUUCCUUCAGCCGUUUGGUGAAGACCAAUACUUAUAAAGAGACGGAGUUUAUAGAGAAGGAGGAAAAGAAAAGACAGGGUUUUGAUAAGAAAAGAAAAGCAAAAACCGUUAAAAAGAUGGAUCACACAAAGAAGAGAAAAACCGAGAGUACUUAUAACACAGCUCUAAAUGGUGGAACUAAUGUCACCAAUUCCCAACUUGUCAGCAGUAUUUUACCAACUUCAGAUGUAUCACACCAUAACAUUCUCACAAGCCGCAACAAAACCAGAGAAGAAAAGAAAACUGAGGUUGAACACUGUACCCCUGAGAACCAGGAAAAAGGCACAUUGAGUUUGAAUGUAGCUUUUGAGCAAAGUCAUUCCUUUAAUAAAAGUUAUACUGAAGACAUUUUCCCCAUGACGCCACCAGAGUUAGAGGAAACCAUUCGAGAUGAAAAAAUAAGAAGACUUAAGCAAGUGCUGAGAGAGAAAGAAGCAGCUCUUGAAGAAAUGCGUAAGAAGAUGAACCAGAAAUAAUGAAAUGUUGCUCUUCUUAAAGACUGCAGUGAAAUAGCUGUGUUUUUUCAUAUACUUUUGCAUUAAGUUAAUUAUAGAUGCAUUAAGGUGUUCUUUGCAUAUGAAACUUGUUUUUUCAUCAGUUGAUUGUUAAAUUUUAUUUAAGGACUACAAAAAAGGUUGAUUCACAUAUGAUUCUUGUGAAUAAUCUACAUGGGGUAUCUGAGUCUUUGUCUAGAUACCUUUUUUUGGAAGGAAAAAUUUUCUAUUUUUCUAUUAUUUUAAUUAGAAAUCCCCGAGUUUGAAUAUUUGUGCAGAGUUUUUGUUAUUGUAUGUUUGCAUCUUUAGUUGAACCACUCAGGUGUUUUUCCAACAGCAGACAAUUAUUAUAUACUAUUGAAAUUAUAUAAUCCAGGAGAGGAAAUUGGCUCUAAAUUUAGCUUUGCCAAUGGGCUUAUGUAUGUACUCAGUCUCUAUCCAUAAAAUGAUGCAAUUGUUGUAAUUUUUUUUUCUAUUUCAUGGAAGAAAAUGUAUAAUAGCAGUAUUAUUUAAAUAUCCAAACAUUUCUCAAGAGUUGAGGGAUACUUGUUUUGUGGCUUUUACAAAGUAGUUUUAUAUAAACCAAAAUGGGUUUUAGAAUUCAGGCUAUAUAAUGUUUGCUUAAAGUGAUGCAUUAUUAUUCCUAGGCAAAUGCUUUUUCUUCCUUUUUUUGUUUCUUUUUUUUUUUUUAAUAUGUACAUAUUGAGAAGUAAAUCUGAACAAUGGCCACAUAUAAUACUUUUUAAAAUUGUAAAAUGUAGUUAUUCUUAAUGGAGGCAAACAUUUUUCCGUCUGGUUAUGUUUGAUUCGGAGAGGUUGGGAUUUGUGUUGUGGAUAGGGAUUAAUGGGAAGGAGGAAAAGUUUACCAAAAAAAGAUGAAUAAAUCCCUGGAAGUAAUGUCGCAUACAACCUAUACGUACUGAAGGGAGUAGAACAAGUGCACACUGAUCAACUGAAUUCUGCCUUUUAGAUUUUUUGUAACAGUUUUAUUGAGAUAAUUCAUUUACCAUAAAUUCACCUUUUAAAAGUGUA